GUGCGGAGGGGGACUUGGAGCAGCUACCGCCUCGGCCGCCGCUUACGGAUCCUGCCUUGCGACUAGUGCUGCCGGGACGAUGCGGACGGAGCCCGGAGGGUGCUGCUGUCGUCGCCCGGUGCGGGCGAACGACUGCGUGGCGAACGGGGAGGUGCGCAACGGGUACGUGAGGAUCAGCGCCGCUACUGCCGCAGCCGCUGCCGGCCAGAUACAUCAUGUUACACAAAAUGGAGGACUAUAUAAAAGACCGUUUAAUGAAGGUUUUGAAGAGACGCCAAUGCUGGUUGCUGUGCUUACUUAUGUGGGGUAUGGUGUCCUUACUCUCUUUGGAUAUCUCCGAGAUUUCUUAAGGCAUUGGAGAAUUGAAAAGUGUCACCAUGCAACAGAAAGAGAAGAACAAAAGGACUUUGUGUCAUUGUAUCAGGAUUUCGAAAACUUCUAUACAAGGAACCUCUACAUGAGGAUUAGAGACAACUGGAAUCGGCCCAUCUGCAGUGUGCCUGGGGCCAGGGUGGACAUCAUGGAGAGACAGUCUCAUGAUUACAACUGGUCGUUCAAGUACACAGGGAAUGUAAUUAAAGAUGUUAUAAACAUGGGUUCCUACAACUAUCUUGGGUUUGCACGGAAUACUGGACCCUGUCAAGAGGCAGCUGCCAAAGUCCUGGAGGAAUAUGGAGUUGGAGUGUGCAGCACUCGGCAGGAAAUUGGAAACCUGGACAAGCAUGAAGAGCUAGAGAAGCUUGUGGCAAGUUUCUUGGGAGUGGAAGCUGCUAUGACAUAUGGCAUGGGAUUUGCAACAAACUCAAUGAACAUUCCUGCUCUUGUUAGCAAAGGUUGCCUGAUUCUGAGUGAUGAACUGAACCAUGCAUCAUUGGUUCUAGGAGCCAGACUCUCAGGAGCAACCAUUCGAGUCUUCAAGCACAACAAUAUGCAAAGCCUAGAGAAGUUGUUGAAAGAUGCCAUUGUUUAUGGUCAACCUCGGACACGAAGGCCCUGGAAGAAAAUUCUAAUCCUUGUGGAGGGAAUAUAUAGCAUGGAGGGAUCUAUUGUUCGCCUUCCUGAAGUGAUUGCCCUUAAGAAGAAAUACAAGGCAUACUUGUAUCUAGAUGAAGCUCACAGCAUUGGGGCUCUGGGCCCUACAGGACGAGGUGUGGUGGAUUACUUUGGCCUGGAUCCUGAGGAUGUGGACAUUAUGAUGGGAACAUUCACAAAGAGCUUUGGUGCUUCUGGAGGAUACAUCGGAGGCAAGAAGGAGCUGAUCGACUAUCUGCGGACACAUUCUCAUAGCGCAGUGUACGCCACAUCACUGUCACCACCUGUUGUGGAGCAGAUCAUCACUUCUAUGAAGUGCAUCAUGGGGCAGGAUGGCACCACCCUUGGCAAAGAGUGUAUACAGCAGUUAGCUGAAAACGUCAGAUAUUUCAGGAGGCGUCUGAAAAAUAUGGGCUUCAUCAUCUAUGGAAAUGAAGAUUCUCCAGUGGUGCCUCUGAUGCUCUACAUGCCAGCCAAAAUUGGCGCCUUUGGACGGGAGAUGCUAAAGCGGAAUAUCGGUGUCGUUGUGGUAGGAUUUCCUGCUACCCCAAUCAUUGAGUCCAGAGCCAGGUUUUGCCUGUCAGCAGCUCAUACCAAAGAAAUGCUUGAUACUGCUUUAAAGGAGAUAGAUGAAGUCGGGGACCUAUUGCACCUGAAAUAUUCCCGUCAUCGGUCGGUACCCCUAUUGGACAGGCCCUUUGACGAGACUACAUAUGAAGAAACAGAAGACUGAGCCUUUUGGUGCUCCCCUAAAGGAACUCUCCCUCACCCAGGAGAGUGUGUGGCCUUUCCAGUCCAGUUGCAGGAACCACACUUCUUGUGCAAGAGAUUUCCUCAACUACUGACGGUGGCCACCUCCACUCUAAAUGAUAUUUUGUAAAUAGUGAAAAACUGCUUCACAUCCUUCCUUUGCUACAUCACCUUUAAAAAAAGAGGUGACUCACUUUGCUUUUUUGUCCAUUAAAAAAUGUUUUAUUUUAUAACUA